AUGGCCAGCCGGAAAGCGCUGAAGAAUGGGUCUCUUCACGGGUUGCUCGAUCCGUGGCUUGAUCUAUGUCAAACAAGGGGGUGUCGCACUAUGGAGCUAUCACAGCGGGAUACAGAGUGUAGGUUGGGAUCAAUCUACUAUAACGGGGACCCAUGGCAAGUGGAUGCGAAGGUGAUGCAGAAACCUGCACGAACUCGACCGCAGGCCCACUAUGCUCGUUCUCGUCUUGCUACGCUGGCCAUCGGAUUCAGCUUGAAUCAUCGGGAAUCCCUCGGACGAGGCGCUGUGCCAUCCCUCCAUUCCACAGUGAGUCAAGUUUCAGUCGUACCUUUAGACCUCGACAGGUUCACCGCCCCUGCUGCAAACGAUGGAUUAAUCCAGUGA